AUGGCGCCUCCGCCCUUCACUAAGGUCACCUCCACGAACACCGACGACCCGGAGCUUGCACUACCGAAUUAUACUCUUACUGGCUCCGACUCUACUCCUCAACGUCUCAAACAAUCCGGCUUCAUGCGCCACCACUCUAGUCACGCCUUCAUGCGGGCCAAGCCCCUGUACAAGAGUCUAGCGAAGGAGUUAAGAGGGAUGUUUCUUGGACCGAUGCCGGUCAAGAAGUUCCUUGAUACUUUUCUGCCCUGCAAACAGCAACGUACCUGUCGCAACAUCGCCAUCAGCGUGAACGGAGCCGACUUCAAGCUCAAGAAGCGUGUCCGUGGCGAGACAGCAGAGGACAAGAUUUGUGACGCUAUCAAUAAUUCGAAAAUUCUGCACAAUCUGCAUUUCCAAAACACGUCUGACAGGCCGCUCUCGAUGCUCGACUCCCUCCCCGAGAGCGAAAGGGCCGAUCGCAAGAUCGACAUCAGCGCCUUCAUCCGCAGAAAGGGAACAGCCACACCCACGCCAUCCUUCGAAGCGCUUCGUCUCCCCAUCGAACUCAAGCCCCCUGGAGUCGACAUUGUCGUAGACCCGGCGGUCGGCAAGUCGUCUGAGCAGCGCAAACAGCACGGCUUCGAGCAUCAGACCGCAGACGCGGUUGAAGCCCGCGGCCAACUUGCGUGCUACACUGUGCAUCAAUUCCAACACCAGGAUUGUAUCCGCACCUUUUCCGUUCUGAUCUUCGGGAUGAAAGCACGCCUCCUGCACACCGAUCACAGUGGCAUCAUUGUCACCGAAGCCUUCGACUACACUGGCGGCGACCUCUUUACUGACUUCCUGUGGAGGCUUGACCGCGCUCUCGAUGGCAAUGGUACGAGCGAGGCGGGUGUCGAUACCUCGGUUACAGCCCUCGCGCAUGAAGACGACGUCGUGUCGAAGGCGCGUCAGGCAUUCGCAAAGGCGAAGGAUGAGUUGCCCUAUGUGGUUACGCCUGAGAUGCCGCUGCGAAAAAUCAUUGUAUGGGACGAAUACGCCUGUUCCCCAGGCAACGAGCCGCCGACGCGCGAGCUGAUCGUGCCGCCAGCCGUGGAGCACUCGUUCUCACCACUUGGGCGUUAUACCCUGACUUUUCCCGCAUACGACGCGGCGACCGAUUCCGUGUGCUGGAUGAAGGACGCUUGGAGGCUUGACGAGGAUGGUUUUGAGAAGGAGGGCGACACGUAUGCCAAGCUUGCGAAGCUGGAGAAUAUCGAAGGGUUGAUACCCGAGGUCCUGUGUGCGGGGGAUGUUCGCAAUUCGGACGGCACGCGUCAAGCCACGGCGACACAAGAUCAUGUCGGUGCCGACUGGGCCUCAAAGAGUCAAAAUAUUCAUCGCUACGUGCAUUAUCGCAUCGUCUUCAAGACCAUUGGCCGUCCCUUGACAACGUUCAAGAAUACCAAGGAGCUCGUUCAGGUGAUGGCAGAUGCGCUGCGAGCGCACAGCAUCGCUUUCAACAAUGGCACAAUACUGCACAGGGACAUCAGUAUCAAUAAUAUCCUCAUCAAGAAUGGACGUGGGUUGCUGAUCGAUUGGGAUAUGUGCAAGUAUGUGGACAAGCCAGAGGCUCGGGUUCCAUGGAGGACAGGGACUUGGCAAUUCAUCGCCGCUCAGCUUCUGGCCGACCCCAGGAGUACCACGCACAAAUUACACCACGACUUGGAAUCGUUCCUGUGGCUUCUGCUGUAUAUAACACUACGUUAUUGCUACCGCAUCCCGCAUCUGACGGCGCUCGUUGACGACGAUCUGGGUCCCACGCCGCCGAAACUUGAUUUGCCGUCCCCCACAAAGUCGAACAGGCACACCGCAAAACUGCUAGUGCCCGAGCCACAGGUCGAGGUGGAUCACAUGAGCUGGCCUGAGGUUCAAGAAUAUGUCCAUCGCCUGUUCGAUAACAAGCAAGAGGAAGGCAAUUCGACGCCUCGUGGUGGGGAGGAGAAGAUGGACUUUUUGGUCGUACAUCGCACACAUCCCACGAACGACCAGAUCGCUCGCUCCGUCGACACCUGCUCCGAGCAUAUACCUGCGCCGCUCGCGAAACUCAUCGGCAAUCUUCGUGCGAUCUUUUCACCUCUCUAUCGCCAAAAAGCUCCCCAUGUCGUCAGGGACUUUCUGAACGAAUACUUGUCAAACUCAAGAUAUAUCGAGCACUAUUUUCGGGAAGCACUUGGAUCAGGAGGCUGGCGAGAUGAUGAUGCAGGGCAUGACCACUUCGUCUUCGAACAACGCGAACAACGUUUGAGGAAGCGCGGGCGCGAUGAUGCGGGUCAAACCGAGGGUGAUGAAGAUGGCGAUGAGCAUGCGGACCCCGCGGGACUAACGACACUGGCUGGCCCGGUGAACUUCCUUACUAGUAAGAGGCAGAGGCUGGAGUCCGGUGAUGAGUUCCUCAUGCCCGCGCGCACUGUAUCGGCACCCGGUUAUCUCUAG